AACUAUUUAUCUGUCCUGUAUUAUCCUGUGUAGAGCAGACCCAGAGCAGCCCCAGUGUAGCUAAAACGAACAAGCCCAGUGAUGGCACAUAAGAUACAUCUCGUAACCUCGGAAGUCAGGACGUGUCCACAAUCGAAAGUGAGUGCACUUGAAAAGAAGAGUUUCGCCAGCUUUCGUUGAAAAAAAUGCCGAAGAAAAAAAGUAAAAAUGCCUUCUUUUUCUUUAUGAGUGACUGGAAAAAACGCGCGGAAGCGGAAGGUCGUGAAUUUCCGAAUGGGUUCAAAGAUGUUCAAGCAGAUCCAGAUUGUAACGCGGAAUGGCAGAGUUUAACUAAGCAACAAAAAGGACCUUACGAAGCCAUGGCCAAAAAAGAUAAGAUUGCAUCACAGAUAUCGAACGCAGACAAGAAAACAACAUAUGGAGAAUCUAUAAAUAUGCUUGAUGAAAAAGAAAAAGAACAACGGAAAUUAAUGAAAAACAUGCAGGAGAAUAUAAAGUUAGCAAUUGAUUCAGCUGUAAAACUCAAUAUUUUACCAAAACUGAAAUUUUGCUUUGUACAUGUAAAUUGGUUCUUCUCAACAAUUGUUGAUAACAAUAUUACAUACUUUCCGGCUGAAUAUGCAAUAGGAGUAUUUUCACUGGAGAAUGGCAUAGAAGAUGUUCAUCAUGUAAUUGUUAGUGCUAAAAUUCCAUUAGGAUUUAGACGGGAAGCACUGGAAACUAGUCAGACAACUCAUAACAUACCUGUGGAAUAUCCAGGUGGUGAAACUGACUUUGCUACUAUGUACAGGAAAUUGGUUGAUUUCUUAGAGCCUAGGAAGACUCUGAACAAGUAUCCUCCUCUCUAUACAACAAAUAAUUGUAUGGGAGCAGUACAGUCUUUGUUAACACGGUUAACUAAUGCAGCACAAAAAGACAGUGAACAAUUUAAAGUUUAUGAAUUGGAAUCAUUGUUUAUACAUUUGGCAAAUGAAGCUUAUAAAAAAAGAACAGAUCGAGAGAUAAAGUAUAUUCCUGCUUAUGCCAAACAUAUAUUCACACGCUUUACAUAUAUCUUUGAAAGUGGUUUUGAAUGUUCUUUUCACAAAUUUACCGAUGGAGGAUGCAAAUGCUGCAGUCAAUCUGUGCUACAACAAUGGGCAUGGACAUUGUGCGAAGAAUUUUGUAAACCACUUGAAGUAAUUAUGCGUCCAAAAACACAUUAUCCCAUCAAACCUGAUUCUACUCCUGAAAUGACAUAUUCAAUGAGUAACAUGAAAAUUGAAGAUGAUUCCCAACUUGAAGCUGAAUCUAAUGCAAUCUUAUCUAUGACAGGUGUAAGCGAGCAACAUAGGUUGAAAGUUUCAACUAGAACAUAUCAAGAUGAAAUUCGCCGUCGUAAUGACUCGAAGCAAAUAGAAGUUAUUGAUCAUAGCAAAUUGGAUGUAGCUGGCGAUAAGGCUGAUAAAUGCAAACAAAAAUAUUUGGAUGAAAAAUCAACUAGAUUGCCAGGUUGGAUGCAACCUUCGAACAGCGGCUCGCUCUUUGCUAGUACUUCUACCAUGAAUUAUGAUAAAAAUGAUGAAAAGCACUUUCCUGUUAUUGUUGCUGGAAGAGGUAUAUCAUUCAGAUCUCAAAUCGAAACGGCAAAAGCGCCUUUGGGCAAAGGACAAGGACAUUCAUAGGCCAGAUUUUUUAAAAGGAAAUCACUCAUUAAAAAAUUAUUUAUAAUUAAUUAUUUUUUACAGUGAAUACCAAAGUGUAUUAUCAAAAAGUUUUUUUAGUCCUGACGAUCUGAAAAAGGAUUUCACUUAAUAAUUUUAUAUUCUAUUAAAUCUCUGAUAUCAAGUUUAUAAUUAAGUUUAUAAUUAAGUUUAUUUGAAAAUAAUAGAAUUUCUUGCACACACUUAUGUUUAUAAGAUACAUACAUGAUAAGAAACAACUGUAUAAUUUUAUUGGUAAAAUUGUCAAUAAAGGAUUUGGAAAUUA